AUGAAGUUCUACUUGCUCGCCCUUACCGCUAUUGUAUCACUGGCCAUGGCCGCGCCGGUAGCCGACAACGCUGUCGUUGAGGGCGCUGGUGGCUCUCCAGGCGGGAAACCCUGGAAGCGCGAUGACGCUGUCACUGACGACUUCCCUGGUGGAAAGAGUUGGUAG